GUUUGGCCGCGACAAGAGCUCCCGGGCCGCCGUGAUCGGACUUCUGCUGCUGCCCGCAGCGGAACGGGGCCAAUGUUUGUCGUACCUGCGUACACAUGGCCUCCAUAGGCAAUAUCUUGGUGCUAUUUUUGUUCAAUUUGAUAUUUCCCCCUCCAGGGUAUUGCUCAUACACUAGUUUGUACUUUUGGGACAGCUGUGGGCUCUUCUGGAAGUCUCUAAAAUUUGACAUUGAGGAUCUCUUUUUUUUCUUUUUUCUUUUUUCUUUCAUCUUCCUGGUCGGGAGCCACCGGAUCGAUACCAUCGAUACCGAUCUAUGACUGUGCAAU